UUUUGGGAAAUUUUUGCGCCGUUUUGGCCUUGCGCCUUUAUGGACGUGUCCCUGAUUUUUGGUUUUCGAUUUUCUCGUUCUUUCCGAUUUUUGAUAUUUUAGAGGAUUUAAAUGUAUUUUUAUUAAAUUUUUAUUAUUUUUAUUAAAUGUAUUUUUAUUCGACAUUUUAAUAAUUGUCUAGAAAUUCUUUUAAAAAGUUGACAAAUUUUUUUCUAUUAAAAUAUUGUUAUUUUUAUCAAAAUGCUUUCAUUUCGAGUUAUUCAGUCAAUUUCAAGGCGUUGUUUAUCCACUUGUUUGCCUUUUUCUUCAACAAAUUUAAAUCCAAAAUUUAAAGAAGCUUUUGUUGAUAAAAAUGAUGACAACAAUUUUGUAAUAAAAUUAGACAAUAAUUAUUUAAAAAGUCCUGCUGGGAAUGUUCUUUUAAUUAAAUCUGAACUUUUGGCUUUAUUAAUUUCAAAUGAAUGGAAUUUAAAAAAUAAAAAAGGUUUUGGAAGUAUGCAUUUUACAGCUCUAGACAAUCCUCAUGGAGAAACUAGUGAUUCUGUGAUAGAAAAAUUGAUUGGUUAUUUAGACACAGACACUUUACUUUAUUUUUCCAAUUGCCAAACAUCAUUAUUUGAUCAACAACAAAAACAUUGGUUGCCAAUAAUUAAUUGGAUAAAUUUUAAAUUAAAAUUAAAUUUACAACAAACAACAGAAUUUUUUGAGCCUCCAAAAAUUUCAAAAAAUUGCAAACAAAAUUUAAAACAAUUUUUGUCUUUUUAUAAAUUUCCUUCACUUUGUGCAAUUAAUUAUGGAUGUGAAUCUCUAAAAAGUUUAAUUUUAACAAUUUCGGCAAUUGAAAAUUAUUUGAGUAUUGAAGAAGCUGUAAAUGCUUCUAAUUUGGAAAAAAUAUUUCAAAGCAAAGUUUGGGGAAGUUUUGAAUGGCAUCAUGAAGUUGAACGAUUGGAAGUCUGUUCGAGAAUAUCUGCGGCUAUUUUGUUUGUUUAUUUGAAUUCUAAUUGA